AUGGCCGAAAGCAUUUUCGUCAGAAGAGCUCGUGACAUGGCCGAAAUUAAUGACGGAAGAAGAGUGGCAAUUCGUGAGAAGCGCGACAUUGCCUCAAGAAAUAUAAACUUUGCGUUCGUAGACGUCAUCUCGUCGUCCGCCACAACUCAAUCGCGCCGUGGCGAGGAUCGGCCGAGCCCGCCAGAUUGGCAGAUCAAUCAUGGUUCGAUGUUGAAGGUCAUUGAGACGGAGAUAGAACAGACGGUUCUGACUCGUCCUCUCGGAGUCACCUGCUUCCCUACCCUAUUUCCUCGAACAAGAUUCUCACAGGCGCUGGACAUCCAAAGAAUCUAUAACCAGCUUUAUUGUUCUGUUGCAGAAGAUGAAGGUUGGAUCUGCAAUGCCAUCCAAGAUCUCUUACCCGUUGAGCAUCUCGCUGGUGUCCUCUGGGAAAUUCAUCAAGCCGCGAAGAAAGCAGGAUCUGUUCAAGAUGUGUCUAUGGGUAUAUUCCGAUCAGACUACAUGCUUCAUCUGACCGAUGGCGACAGCGACAUAGUACCAUCCCCGAAAAGUUUCCCUGAAACAACUCUGAAACAGGUCGAGUUUAACAGUUUCUCCUGCUCGGGUGGAUCGCAUGCCAACAAAGUAGCAAACAUGCAUCGCUAUCUGACUCAGAAGGGUGUUUACAACUUUGAUGACAGCUCCUUUGGCGUCGAGUAUCUUCCCGCGAAUGAAAAUAUCGAGUCAAUCGCGUCUGGCCUUGCAUUGGCCCAUAAGAUCUAUGGCCCGCCAAGAAACGAACAAGCAAAAUCGACAGCGGUGCUAUUCAUUGUACAGCCCUAUAACUUCAAUAUUGCAGACGAGCGGCCGAUUGAGUAUGCUCUGUGGAACCGAAAAGAGCCGGUACCAACCUAUCGGCUCGACUGGGGCCCAGAAAUACUUCACUUCACACGUUUGACCGAAGAUAGGGAACUCCUAUUUCAGCCACCGUGGUUACCAUCGAAAGAUCCCAUUGAGAUUUCGGUAAUUUACCUACGGGCCGGCUAUGAAUCAAAGGAGUACAAUGUGACCGGCUAUGAAGCACGUCUUCAGCUGGAGAAAUCAGCUGCCAUCAAAUGCCCCUCAAUUCUGGGACAUAUCUCCACUUUCAAAAAGGUACAGCAGGCUCUCACUCUGCCCGGUGCUCUUGAACAUUUUCUCUCCAUGUCAGACGCUGCUACUCUUCGUGAGACAUUCGUCCCCAUGUAUCCAUUCGACAAAACGAAGGCUGGUCUGAAUGCUCGCGAACUGGUUCGCGAUAAAGAACAUUCCGUUGGCUACAUUCUCAAACCGUCUCUGGAAGGAGGGGGCAACAAUGUCUACGGGGAAGAAAUUCCUGGCUUCUUGGCAACGGUUCCUGAGUCCCAGUGGUUGAGGUACAUUCUCAUGAAGCGGAUCGAUCCUCCAAAGUUGCCCAAUAUUCUGAUGAGCUCCGCAGGAAUUGGCAGUGGAGACGUGGUCUCGGAGCUCGGUGUCCUCGGAUACUGUCUAUGGAAAGCGAAUCCGAGCGAUGGCGGCUGUGUCAUGCUGCAUAAUUCAGUUGCAGGUUGGACUUUUAAAGCCAAGUACGCCGAGAUUGACGAGAUAAGUGUGGUGAAGGGGUAUGGCUGCUUUGACACCCCACGCUUGGUUGACAUUUGA